CACGCGGCGAGCGACGCGACGUCGCGCGAACGGUGGCGGGUGACGUAAUUUCCUCGCGUCGUUCGACAUGACGUCACCUCCUGCGUGAUGUCACCGCGAGAAGCGGAGCGAAGAGGAGGUGGUGAGGAGAGGAGAGAAGAGAAGAGGAGGUGGAGACAAAAUGAUCGCCGAGGGCUCCGCCAAGAUCCUGUGCCCGGUGUGCAACUGGGUGCUGGUGAGCCUGCCGGCGCUGGAGGACCACAUGAAGCAGCACGGCAAGUCGGCCGUGUACCGGUGCGACGAGUGCCCCUACACGGCCGACAAGCCGGGCGUCCUCGUCAACCACCGGCGGACGCACACGGGCGAGAAGCCCCACCGCUGCGCCGUGUGCGCCAAGGCGUUCCGCGUGCUCGGCAACCUGCGUAGCCACGAGCGCAUCCACACGGGCGAGAAGCCCUACAAGUGCACCGUGUGCUGGAAGGAGUUCCGCGAGGCGGGCAUGCUGCGCACGCACCAGCGGACGCACACGGGCGAGAAGCCGUACCGCUGCGCCGUGUGCGGCCGGGCGUUCGCCCACACGGGGACGCUGAGCCGGCACAACAACACGCACGCGCCGCGGGCGCCGCGGGCGCCGCCGAAGACGACAACGACGACGACGACGAUGACGCCGCAGCGCGAAUGCGGCGGCGAAGACGACGCCGAAGACGCCGCGGCCGCCGAAGAAGACUCGGAUGACGUCGUCGUAGGAUGAGCGGCAACCGACCGGAGGUGGCGGGGGGGGGGGGGGGGGGGGGGGGCGCUUGCGAGGGCGCGGAAUCGAGGGAUCGCCCUCGCACACCCGGCUCGGCACGCGGAGAAAAACAGAUUCCCCGUCCCCCCCACCGUUGGCGCGGCCGGUGCGGCUACGUACGGUGCGAAAGAAGUCCCCACGUACUUGCAUCUCGGCCGCCUGGUGCUCCGGGGGGCAGUGCCGAGCCAGGCUCGGGAGGCGAGGGCGUUGGAACUUUUCCCCCAAGCGUAGGGAGAGAGAGAGAGAGAGCCGCGCCGACCGGCGUGGCGGAGUAGCCCACGGAACCGUGCCGGCGUCGCUGGCGAUUACGUCGUUCUCCACCCUCCCCCCCCCACGAAUCAGAUGAUGGCGGCAGCGACGUUAUCACGGUUUGGUUCUGGCUCGGGUCGGCAAAUAAACCAGCGGGGUAAAAAAAAUAAACCCCUCAACCGUGCCGGCCCCGUGCUGGCUCGGUUCGGAUGUCGCCAGUGG